AUGGCGCCUUCAUCGACGACAGCGGCGCGGAUAGAGGAGGCUCGGGCUCUCGCGAAGAAAGACGCUCCCAAGGCCGAGAGUAUUUACAAGGAUAUUCUCUCGCAAGGUCCAGGCUCGACUGAGACCUCGUCGAGAGACUAUGAAAAUGCUCUGAUCGGUUUGGGGGAGUUGUAUCGGGAUGAGAAGAAGCCACAGGAAAUUGCAGAGCUCAUCAAAACCAGUCGUGAUACCUUCUCAUCAUUUGCCAAAGCAAAGACCGCGAAGCUCGUCCGCCAGCUGCUUGACCUGUUCAGUGAGAUUCCGAAUACCCUCGACAUCCAAGUCGCUGUCAUCAAAUCCUGCAUCGACUGGGCCGUCUCAGAACGACGGUCCUUCCUCCGACAGAACCUCGAAACCCGGCUGGUGGCUAUAUACAUGCAGAAGCAAACUUACUAUGAUGCCCUUACCCUCAUUAAUUCUCUCUUGCGUGAGCUGAAGCGCAUGGAUGACAAACUCAUGUUGGUUGAGGUGCAGCUGUUAGAGUCGAGGGUGUAUCACGCGCUCGGUAACCAAGCCAAGGCACGCGCUGCCUUGACCGCUGCUCGUACAUCCGCCGCUUCGGUUUACACACCUCCACAUCUUCAGGCUGGGCUGGACAUGCAAAGUGGUAUGCUACAUGCAGAGGACAAAGACUUCACUACGGCAUUCUCCUACUUCAUUGAGGCCCUCGAGGGAUACAGCUCGCUUGAUGAGAGUGACUUGGCAACGGCUGCUCUUCAGUACAUGCUGUUGUGUAAAAUCAUGCUGAACCUGGUGGAUGAUGUCACCAAUUUACUGGGUUCUAAGCAAGCGCAGAAGUACGCUAGCCCACGACUUGAAGCCAUGAAGGCCGUGGCUCGUGCCCAUGCCAACCGCUCUCUUGAAGAAUACGAGAAGGCUCUUUCAGACUACAGAUUCGAACUUGGAAGCGAUGUUUUCAUCCGUAACCAUCUCCGGAGAUUGUACGACGCCAUGCUGGAACAGAAUCUCAUCAAGGUCAUUGAGCCCUUUAGCCGGGUUGAGCUAGACCACAUCGCGAAGAUGGUUGGCCUGGAUACGCAACAGGUGGAGAGGAAGCUUUCUCAGAUGAUCCUGGACAAGGUAAUCAUCGGAGUCUUGGAUCAAGGUGCUGGCUGCCUGAUCGUCUACGACGAGACGGAGCGUGACAAGGCGUACGAUGCAGCUCUGGAAACAAUUGAGAAGCUUAGCAAUGUGGUGGAGGGACUGUACACUAACCAGGCAACACUGCUGGAGUGA